AAACAGUGUUUCUAUCGUGUUAAUGCGAGAGGUUUAAGACAGUGCGGGCGGGAAUGGUAAACGGACAUUAAAACUUCGAAAUGGCUGCGCCUGUUCUGGAACGUGCAUGGUGAAAUGUGUUUUCCAGUAGGAGUUGGUCAUUCACGACGCUGUGAAGGCUGCAGGUUUUGAAGAAACUCGCAUUGUAACGACAAGCAGCUCAAAAUGGGACGCAGAAAGCAGCAACAGCACACGCCUGACCGCGCCACAGUGAGAGGGAAAGGCCACCGGCACAGACCCAAAGAGAAAUCACUGGAAACGUUCACCGAAGAAGUGCAUGACGCUCUGCACGCGAGUCUCCAGGGGGACGGGGAGGGGGAGGUGGUGCCGGUGAAGCUGCCCUGUGCCCUGGCUAUGUGGGAGCUGGGGCACUGCGAUCCCCGCAGGUGCACUGGGAGGAAGCUGGUGCGCAAGGGGCUGGUCCGCACCCUGAGACUCAGCCAGAGGUUUAACGGACUCAUCCUCAGCCCUAUGGGCACCAAAUACGUGUCGCCUGCGGACAGAGAGAUCGUGGCCCAGAGUGGCGUGGCAGUGAUCGACUGUUCCUGGGCCAAGCUGGAUGAGACUCCGUUCAGCAAGAUGAGAGGAAGCCACCCCAGACUGCUGCCUUACCUCGUGGCGGCCAACCCAGUGAACUACGGGCGCCCCUGCAAGCUGUCCUGCGUGGAGGCCUUCGCUGCCACGUUCUGCAUUGUUGGGUUUCGUGACCUUGCAGUAAUUGUUCUGAGGAAGUUUAAGUGGGGGAAAGUGUUCCUGGACCUCAAUAAGAGCCUUCUGGAGCAGUAUGCUGCCUGUCUCAACGAAGAGGACCUGCUUAAAGUGGAGAAGGAGUUCCUGGCUGCCAAACCCGUGGAGGAAGAAAUAGAUCCAUUUGAUGUGGACUCUGGGAGAGAAUGUUCGAACCUGAAUAGACCCCGAUGGUCUGCACAGGAAGAGGAAGAGGAGGAUGAUUCUGAGGAAGAAGGGGGAAGCGAUGAUGACGAAGAAGAGAAUGUUGGUGAGAACAAAGAGGAAGAGGAAGAGGAGACUGAGGAGGAGGAAGAAGAGGAGGAUAAAUCCUCGGUCGCUGCCAGCGCCUCAGUGAUUUGGAAAGGAGCGAAGAAGAGGAUAAGAAACUGAACCAUGAAGCUGGAAGUGACUUGCAUCGACUGGUGCAUAUAUGACGAGCGCGCCGUCCUGCAGCUGCAGCAAUACAUCUGUAUCAGCCAGCACUGAUUAUAUCGGUAUGUUUUUGUAUACGAAAGAUACAAUUUGAUAGAACCUUGGCUGCUAGGAAAGAGUGUUACUGUAAAAAAUCUGCUGUAAACAAGAACUGAUACCAACAAAAAAAAAAUGCUGAAAAGGGACUUAUUUUCAGGAAUUAGCCUUUUUAUUUUUUUAAACUUCAAUAAAUGUAUUUAUGAAUCACAAA